GACGCGCAACCCAAUUUCUUCUCGAUUCAUUCCAUUAUUGUCCUUACGCGAGUCCUCUCGCCUUGAAGAAACUUCAAAAUGAUUAAGAGUAUUUUCCUGCUGGCCUUAAUUGGGUACACGUCGAGUUCCGUGCCGGUGGAACCAUCGGAUACCUUUCCAGUGGAAACCACCGUCAGCGAUGGGGUCCGAAGUUUGGGUUUCAACGUCAUAUAUGGUGAUGAAGACAUGACUGUCAUCAACCAGGUGGUGAAGGAAGCUAACGUGGAUAUGCGGUCCAAGGUUAAUCUGGACCAGGAGCUACCCAGGUUGCCCGUGGAAGACGUUAAAUGUCUGAUGUCCGUAGAUCGGUACUGCUCGAAGGAGAUGCUUCAGAUGAAAAAAAUCCUCAUCCAAGCUCUGCAAGAGGACUGCUCGCGAUGCAGCAGCGAAGACAAGGAGCGGGCUGGUCGGGUGAUAGCGGCCAUGAUGGCUCACGACCCCGUCGCUUGGAAGCUGUUCCUCACCAGAUCAGCUCUACUAAUCUUGCCUGAGAAGAAGCCAGUAAAAGAAGAAAAUCCACACUUCAAAAUUAUCAGCGAACCAGAAACUAUGCCGAGCAGCAAAAAAAGAUUUUUAAUGCCUGGAGCCAGUGUUAGAGUGAAAAGAUUUGCUGUGGAAAAAAUAUAGAGAUUAAAACAUUUAAUAGAUAUAGAAAGUAAUUUUUAGAAGUUUUAUAUUAAGUAUAAGUUGUUUCUGAUCUACAUUGUAUUAAAGUUAAGUAUAAGAUUA